UAUUUUAUGACUUUUGGCCAAGGUUGAUAUACUUUUGGCGUCGUUUUUUGAUUGAAUAUUAAUAACACAUUGAAUAUGAAUUUACCAUUAUAAACAACAGAAAAUAACUAUUUUUCUUAAUUCUAAUAAUGAAAAUGAAGCUUGUAGAUCAAGUAGUACGUAGUUUUCGAGUCGCCAAAGUAUUUCGAGAGAACACUGAUAAGAUUAACAGCAUUGAUUUUUCUCCUAACGGCGAAACGUUAAUUUCUUGUAGUGAAGAUGAUCAGAUUGUUAUUUACGACUGCGAAAAAGGAACUCAAGUUAGGACAGUCAAUAGCAAGAAGUAUGGAGUUGAUUUAAUACACUUUACACAUGCUAAAAAUACAGCUAUUCAUAGUUCAACCAAAGUUGACGAUACAAUAAGAUACUUGUCUCUCCAUGAUAACAAAUACAUUAGGUAUUUUCCAGGGCAUACGAAAAAGGUUGUUUCUCUCUGUCUUUCACCAGUUGAAGAUACAUUUCUAUCUGGAUCACUUGAUAAAACUCUUCGAUUAUGGGACUUAAGAUCACCAAAUUGUCAGGGUUUAAUGCAUUUAUCAGGUCGCCCAGUGGCUGCUUAUGAUCCAGAAGGUUUGAUUUUUGCUGCCGGUGUUAAUUCAGAAUUGAUUAAACUGUACGAUCUACGAUCGUUUGACAAAGGCCCAUUUAUCAAUUUCAAACUAACACAAGAGAAAGAAUGUGACUGGACGGGUUUGAAAUUUUCCCGAGAUGGAAAAACAAUUUUGAUUAGUACUAAUGGUUCAAUUAUACGAUUGGUGGAUGCUUUCCAUGGGACGCCUUUACAGACAUUUACAGGGCAUUUGAAUAAUAAAGGUAUUCCUAUAGAAGCAUCUUUCAGUCCAGAUUCUCAGUUUAUAUUUAGUGGCUCAACCGAUGGAAGAGUGCAUGUCUGGAAUGCCGAUACAGGGUAUAAGGUGUGUGUACUGAAUGCUGACCACCCAGGGCCUGUGCAAUGUGUUCAGUUUAACCCAAAAUUCAUGAUGUUAGCGUCAGCAUGUACAAACAUGGCUUUUUGGCUGCCCUCCAUUGAAGACACUUAAGAGAAAAAGGAUUAAGUUUUCUUUUAAUAAAUAUUUUUUAUAAUAAAAACUAUAUGCAGUUUGAAUGAUAAAUUAAUAUUUACACUAAAUAUGAACUUGAUUAUCUGGUUAUAAUUUUUUUAGUAUCUAUAUUAAUUUUUGUAACUAUUACUUGCUUUGUUUCUGUCAAAAUAUUAUCUGGGUAUUACAAGACAAGCUUGGAAAUAAUAUGGUUAUUGUUCAGUUAAUUGACAAUUUUGAAUCAUUAUUGUAGUAAAAAUUACAUUAUUUUACUAUAUACGGGGUGCGCUUCAAAAGUGACUCACCCCUAUACUUUUUUUUAUUUUUUCAGAUAAAAAAAAG